AUGCCGGUGACGGUUUCUUCUGUGCUCAGCAGUCUAAGCUGCUUGGCCGCGAUUGUUCCGGCGGUCUCUGCUGGCUUUGCCUUCCCAGAUUGUGUCUCUGGUCCGCUCGCCAACAACUCCGUCUGCGAUGACUCUCUAGAUCCCUUAACCCGUGCCAAGGCGCUCGUCAGCGUGCUCACCAUCCAGGAGAAGAUCAACAACACCGGCAGCACAAGUCCCGGCGUUCCCCGGCUCGGUCUUCCCGCCUACACGUGGUGGCAGGAAGCCCUGCACGGAGUGGCGUCUUCUCCUGGCGUCAACUUCUCGGCCAAGGGCGACUACAGCUAUGCCACGUCUUUCCCCCAGCCCGUUCUCAUGGGUGCUGCCUUUGACGACGAGCUCAUCAAGGCCGUCGCGACCGUCAUCAGCACCGAGGCUCGUGCCUUCAACAAUGACGGCCGUGCUGGCCUCGACUUCUGGACCCCCAACAUCAAUCCGUUCAGAGACCCCCGUUGGGGUCGCGGCCAGGAGACGCCCGGAGAGGACCCGUUCCAUCUGAGCUCGUACGUGCGCGCCUUGAUUGACGGCCUGCAGGGUGGUUACGACCCGAAAUACAAGCGCGUCGUUGCCACUUGCAAGCAUUUCGUCGGCUAUGACAUGGAGUCGUGGAAUGGCAAUAUCCGAUACCAGUUCGACGCGCAGAUCAACAUGCAGGACAUGGUCGAGUACUACAUGCCGCCCUUUAAGAGCUGCGCGCGAGACUCCAAUGUUGGGGCCUUCAUGUGCUCGUACAACGCCGUCAACGGCGUGCCGACUUGUGCCGACCCGUGGCUGCUCGAUGAUGUCCUGAGGAAGCACUGGGGCUGGACCAACGAGGAGCAGUGGGUGACGAGUGACUGCGACGCCAUCCAGAACGUCUUCCUUCCGCACGAGUGGGCCAGCACCAGAGAAGAGGCAGCCGCUCUGUCCCUGAUCGCUGGCACGGACAUCAACUGCGGCACCUAUUAUCAGAACCACCUCCCCGCCGCCUACUCUCAGGGGCUGAUCAACGAGUCGACCGUCGACCAGGCCCUGAUCCGCCAGUACUCGUCUCUGAUUCGGCUGGGGUACUUUGACCCGGCCGAGAAGCAGCCGUACAGGCAACUGAACUUUUCCCACGUCAACACGCCUGAGGCCCAGAAACUGGCCUACCAGGCUGCCGUCGAGGGCAUUGUUCUCCUCAAGAACGACGGCGGCCUUCUGCCCCUGGACCUGCGCAACAACAAAAGCAUCGCCCUCAUUGGCGACUGGGCCAACGCCACAACGCAGAUGCAGGGCAACUACUUCGGCCAGCCGCCGUACCUCCGCUCGCCGCUGCACGCCGCUCAGCAGCUGACAACCGUGUACUAUGCCACCGGGCCCGGCGGGCAGGGCGACCCCACCACGGACCACUGGCUGCCGGUGUGGGACGCGGCCGCCAAGGCCGACAUCAUCAUCUACGUCGGCGGCAUCGACAACAGCGUCGAGAGCGAGGGCAUGGACCGGCACGCCGUGGCGUGGACGGGCGCCCAGCUCGACGUGAUCGGCCAGUUGGCGCAGUACGGGAAACCCAUGGCCGUGGUGCAGAUGGGUGGCGGGCAGAUCGACUCGAGCCCAAUCAAGCACAACGCCAACAUCAGCGCCCUGCUCUGGGCCGGGUAUCCCGGCCAGGACGGCGGCACCGCCAUCUUCGACAUCCUCACCGGCCGCGCCGCCCCCGCCGGGCGAUUGCCCAUCACGCAGUACCCGGCCGACUUCGUUGCGCAGGUGCCCAUGACCGACAUGACGCUGCGCCCGGGCCCCAACAGCCCUGGCCGGACCUACAAGUGGUACAACGGCACGGCUGUGUACCCGUUCGGCUAUGGCCUGCAUUACGCAAACUUCUCCGUCUCGUUUGGCCCGGGCGACGGCCCGUUGGUGGCGGCGGCGUCCAAGAACAAGACGAAGAACACCGAUGCCUCCGACAACAACAACAAGGGGACAGGAGUAGUCCACAUCGCGGACCUCAUCGCCGCCUGCAACUCCUCCUCCUCGUCUGCAGUCUCCCACAUAGAAAACUGCCCCGCCCUGAAUUUGCCGGUAACCAUCCGCAACACCGGCACCAACACUUCAUCCUCUUCCGCAUCCGACUAUGUCGCACUGCUCUUCCUAACGGGAACCUUCGGACCCGCGCCACACCCAGCACGCUCGCUAGUCGCAUACACUCGCGCACACAACAUCGCGCCGGGAGACACACAGACGGUGCGUCUCCCCAUUACCUUGGGCGGGCUGGCGCGGGUCGACGAGCGGGGCAACACAAUCCUGUACCCGGGCGCGUACUCGCUGGUGAUGCUGGACGAGGAGCAGAAGGAGGUGCUUGCCAAGACGGAGUUCAAACUGGUGGGUAGCGAAGCGGUGUUGGAUCGCUGGCCGCAGCCUACGGCUUCGAGGACUCCGAGGCAUAAGGGCACGGGUGAGGUUGGGGAGGGGUAUUUUAUUGGCGGGUUUGGAAGUGGAAGCUCGGGGAUGGUUAAACAGGGUGCGAGGUAG